GUAAGUUCAAAAUGGCGGCCAAAUUCUCAAGAUUUCACGAAAACCGUUCAUAUCAGGUAGCUGUAAUGUUGCACUUUUAUGAGUAUAUUCGCAGCAGAAAAUCUCGAGCAAAAAACGAAUUAGAGCUCUGGGUGUACUUUUGUUAUGAGUCUUCUUUUUUAUGCUGUUACAGACGGGAAAUGCAGACGUUUCCCAAAUUUUUGACGACGAUGAACCUACUGUGGAGAAGGCAACUUUGGACGCUCAUAUCGCUGAGGUAUUUUGAAUAGAUCUGAUUACUUUGGUUUUUAAGCUUAAAUAUUAUUCCAGUUUUAUUCUCAAGUCGGAAAAUGGGGAGCAACUACAGAAUGCAGGCCCAUCUCCUAAGGUCUUAAAGAGAAAAGUGGCUCGGUGCCAGGCUCUCUUGUCAAGACAAUUGUUUUUAGAACGAGAUAGAUAAGCUUAAGCUUAUAUGCCUAGGGAGUGAGUCCUGUAUUCUAUAAUUAUGCCGAAGUGAGCUUAGAAACGUAAGCUUAAGCUCUCCCCCAAACAAGAUGAAAAUUAUUCAGUAAGGAUGCUUUCUAACGUUCACAUUGAAUGAAUAAUACCCUAUGAGCAGACUCUACAUUUUUGCUGUGUGAGCUGGCGUGCGAAAAGUAGCCUCUGCCGACAACCGUUCAAUUUUCUAUCGUGCAUGCAUGAAUUUCUCGUCACGUGACUACCAAGCAAAAUUAAUCGUCAGGUCUGUUGUCAAAUGGCAUGAGUUUCGUGGGACUAAAAAAUUGUGACAACUCUGAUCUGCUAUGCAAGGUUCCCGCAAUACUCAUGCAAUGCUCUAAACCAGUCGAGAACAGGAAAAAGCCUGUUUUUUUAAUUUAUUUGUCCAGAUUACUGGACGGAUUUGAAUGGUUGUUGGCAGAGACUACUUUUCACACUACAUCUCACACAGCGAGAAUGUAGCCUCUGCUUGCAAAGUACACGAAUAAUAGAGCUGGCAAUCUUUUUUCCCAAGCUUUUGCUUUUUGCUUAAUUCCUGAAACAGCUACUUUUUAUGUGUGUUAUUUAUUGAGUUUCAUAAUCUGAGACAAAGGGUGAAACUAAAAUCAGUGUGGUUUGAAUUUCAAAGAAAAUGUGAGUCACAAGAUUCACCAUGGUUGCCAUCAUCAUAAAAAAAGUCAGGUGAAAUUGAAAGUUUUUAUGGUCAGGGAAAGUCUGGGAAAAUCUCUAUUCUUGUCAAAGUCAUUGAAAAUCAUCAUCAUCACCAAAUUUUGGUGGUCACUGAAUUUUUUUUACAUCAAGAGGCAAACUUAGAGGUGGAAGGGGGUGAAUCCCUCAUGAAAAGGGGCAGGGAGUCGACUCAUGACAGAAAAUUAGAAUUAAACUGUAAGAAGAGAAAAAGGGUUUUUGCAUGAUGCUUGAUUAGACCCAAAUUUAGCACAUCGUGCGUGAAGUACAAAGUUUAACGUGAUCCAUGAAAUCAGUUACUGUAUGCCUGUGAAGCUUGAUUUAUCAUGUAAGAUAUGUAAGACACAUGAAUUAUUUGUCACAUUACAUGAAAAUCUAUAGUAUCAGACAAAAUGGAUUGAACAGCGCUGUCGGUUGCAUUCUGUGCAUUACGUUUUUGUCCUGGUCAGUAACAUCUGUUUUUUAGCGCCCUUUAAGAUCACCCUACCAACAUUCUAAUUAGAGAAGAAGCUGCAAUCGUCAAAUCAAAUUGUGGUGUCUGAGUUGUGAUGGCUAUGGUUUUGGUUUGUAGCCUGUUAGAUUAACAGGCGGGUGAUGACUAUAUUCGUGACUCAUGAAAUAUAAAGCAUGUGAUAUGUGAAAAUUGUCAAAAUUUGCACAUGAAACAGAACCAUGACCUCCCCCCAGCUUGCUGCCCUCUGAAUAGCCUACAUUGUAUGUCAUACUAAGAUGUGCAACUUGCACCCCUAAACCAGAUGACCAGUUUCCCAAAACCUUUCUCAGUGGAUCCCCUUCAGACUCCAGUUGUUUAAAUGGUGGAUAAUGGUAUCCUCUGGAUAAAUCCCUAUCCAGUGGAUAACACAAUAUUCAUUGAUUUCCCUAAUACUCAGCCAGUGGAUAUAGAGGAUAUUACAUGGCUACGCGGAGAUACGAAAUUUUUCUUUGAGUGUUGAAAAAUAUUUCACGAGUGAAUGCAGUGAACGAGUGAAAUAUUUUUUUCACCACGAGAAGAGAAAUUUCGUAUCUCCAAGCAGGCAUGUAAUGUUCUAUUUAAUAUAUAAAUACCAAUGAGCUACCAAACCAUUUCGCUUUAAUAGUUUUUUGGUGUGAAAGGCGUGAUAUAUUAUGUAGCCAUAGCAACAAUGAUAUUUUCACAUCUGAAGAUAACAUGUUAUUUUCACAUGUGAAGAUAUCGAGUUUUCGCCCGAAAGCUCACCUGGCAUUUCAUUGGUGUUUUUAUAAUACAGUGAUUUAUCUGGUGGAUAGCUCUAUCCCACGUUUGAACAACUGGGGCCAGUAUGGCAACUCAGACUGUACCAUAAGACAUAAUUAAAUAGUCAAUCCUAAAGACUGUUCUUGGGUGUUUUGCUUUGAUUUUGGCUAGUACUGCCCGAAUUGUAUCAUCCUCCACUUGUAUAGGAAAAUAUUGGAUACCAGAUGGCUCUCAAACUGGGCUGGACUACUGGAUCAGGAUUGGGGAGGAAGAAGCAAGGUAUCAUAUCAUCAUUCUUGCACCAUUCUAACUCAGCAGCCAUUAUCAUUUAGAAGGUGCACCUUUCAGUUCAACCUGGACAUUCAUGCAAAAUAUCAUGUUGCUUUGAUCGGAAAAUAUGAAUGGAAAUUUUGGCCCAAUACCCACUACCGGCCUGCCAGCAGAGGCCCGUCAGUCUUCCUAGGAAGAUCGUAGGACCUCUGCGUGCAGGGUAACUACCUACCUGUACUCUCUUUAAAAGUAUUUACAUGUUAAAUUGUGCCAGAGCUUUUCCUAAGGGAUUGAAGCUUACAGUAAGGGCCUGAUGAAAGUGGAAGAAAAAAGACAAUCUUGCUGUGUCAUUUUCUAGUCUAAGAAACAAUAUUUUAGGUAGUUUUGCUAGUCUUUUAACCUUGAUAGUAAUGAAAUAUGGGAACAUGUGGUUUAAUGCACUUGACUUAACGAUUAAUACAUUAUUUAUUUCAAGAGUAGAAGUUAUAGUGCAUUUUUUGCAUUAUUAGUGCUACAAAGGUCUUGCUUGUUUCAGCAGGAAAUUUGCAGUAUUAACCACUGUGUUGUUCUUUUAGGUCGUACAGAGCCAAUCCCUUUAGUCAGGAAGGAAGAUUCUCUCUGUCUUGGUCGUCUCACUAUGGAGGUAUGUUUGUAACAUAAUAUUAUUUAGUUAUUUUAGUGGGUGUUAAGAAAGAGUAAAAGGCCUUUUUCCUUGAAAGGUUUUCCCCUUUCAGUGGUAUCACUUGCACCUUUAAAACAGUCGACUUGAGAGAUGAAGGUUCCACAGCAUGGUCCGGUAAACCAGAUUCAUCCUAUUUGAGAAUUACAAUCACAAGAAUUAUCACCUCAAGAAAUGUCCGGCUCAAAGGACCAUAUAAAGAAAGAGUAGAAGGCCUUUAGGUCGCCUUAAUGAUUUACUCCAUUGGAAUGAACAGCAAAACUUUUUACAGCUCAGGUAAAGCACAUAGAUUUUUUCCUUUGAUCUCAUAAUUUAGUGCAGUCUCACAAAUUGAAAGACAUGCGAGGUGUGCAUACAACUAAAGUGGGACAUACCUUAUGUGAUACAACAUUCCAAAUCCAUUCUCUCAUUUUCCGAAACGUUUCUGUGGUGGUUGUAGUUUGAGCAGGCAGAUGAAGCAACUCGCAAUAGAAAGGUGAUGGAGAUAGAGAAAGAAGACACUGAUGAACUACAACAAAAAUAUCAGGUUAGUUGUUUUCUGAACACACAGCUUUUGCUAACUUAACAUGUCAGCACACUAUUGCCUCUCAUGAAGACUGAAUAUGGCAAGUUACUGGGCACUUAGGCUUUGUCUGCCCUAUAUCCAAUUAGCCCAACAGCUUUUUUUUCCACCAUGAAAAGCUAUUUGGUAUGGUAUGAACAGCAAUAGCACAGAACUAGAACAAGUCAUUCACAAACGUCAAACUUCAGACUGGAGCAGUUUAAUGCACCAAGUCCCAAUCCUCAUUUUCUGAAUUUUACUUAUGUCUGAACGGGUUCCAGUCAUUGCUCCUACUUAUUUAUUUCCGCUACAGUCUGAAUACCAGUCGACAUAAAGUGUAGCAGAAACCUUUCCAAUAUGUGACGAUCUACUUCCAAGAUCUGCGUGGUGCAACUUUGCUCUGGUACAUAAAAAUCGCUCUGAAAUUACUUUUCUUAUGGGCGAUGAGAAGCCCGGCUAUCUGGUGUACUUUUCAUGUCGGCCCAAGAGCUAUCUCAUGUCGUGGGAAUGCCUCAGUGUGGUGAACAAGGGUUACAGUAUGAGGACUCUUAGUUUUAAAACCCUUUCCAGUGUUCUUACUAGGCUUUAGCCUUUUGGGAUUCCCACACACAAAAAAAGAAUUAUAAAAUGGCCCAUUGGAGCCAAGAGAAUGCGCUCCUAGUGAUAAGCCAAACAGAAUGCACUGAAGUUCAUAGUUGAGCAAUCUUUUAAAGGACGAAGGAAAUACUCCGGCUUUUGAUAGAGCAGCGAAGAGACAAAUCAUUAAUUUUCUCCUGACAAUAAUAUUCAUACAUCAUCGAGAGUAAAGGUUAUAAGAAUUGCUAAAAUGAUCUCCAAACGGAAAAGGCUUUGAUCUUUUAUCAAAUUCUCUCUACUAAUUCUUUAACAAAAUGUAUGGAGAUCAGUCUGGAGAAUUUUCAUGUGGAAACUAAAGAACACUGUCUUUCUCAACUACUUUCUCAACAUUUCCAUACAAUGUAAGUAGGUUCAGUACAUGUAUGAUCGUAUCGGUGAACGUAGUCGUGAAUAGGACUGUUGUUGACAAAGACUGACAUUUCAGCAACCUGUGUGGUAGUCAUCUUCAGAAUCAAAGUGAGUUGUAUCACGUCAGUUGAUGAUAUUAAACUCUGGUUAUUAUGCUGAUUAGUCAAUUAAGUCGAGAUGUUAUUGGUCGUCUGUCAGUAAUGUAAUGUAUGGAGAUCUACUUGUGAAAUGACUCCUGGGUUCAAACCUUUCACAUUGUCUUUCUUAAGUGGGUGUGGUAUCAUGGUUCAUACAAUCUUGAAAAGGUUUUGAAUUUUACCAGUCGUCUUGAAAAGUCCUUGAAUUCAAUUUAGGUCCUUGAAAAGUACUUGAUUCCUUCAGUAGGUCUUGAAAAGUAUUUGAAAUUCACAACCUUGUCUACGCCAGAGACCUUUUUCUGUAAACUUGGAUUAUUUUGCAGAGGGAAACUUGGCUCAUCCUCGUGUAAGAACCUGUAAAACUCACCAUUAACGUAAAACCAUUUUUGUACAUGAACAAUAUUAAUUUUUAUUUCUGUCUCUUUAUUUCAAAUGCUAUUUCCGUACCUCAGAUGCAGUUGCAAGUCAUACCCAGUCAUUUUGUAAAGUCUUGUUGCAGAAAGUAUUUUAAAAUAAUGUGAUCAACGAUAGUCAAAGAAAUAAAAAUUGUAAAUGACUCGAUGAUGUCUUUUAGCCAAUACGGUGAAUAAAUCUUAGUUCAUGAAAAGUCCUUGAAAUUUGUUUGUCUGAAGUUGUACAAGCCAUGAGUAUUCUUGAGGAAGAUGUGGCCCAUCCUCAGAUUCAUUCCAGCUUCCUAAAAACACCAGUUAAACAUCUUGACUUCACAACUGUGUUUUCUUACUCUCAUGCCUCUCAGCCAAUCAGAGCAUGCAUGCUAUCUUAGCUAUUUCAUAAAAAUGAAUGAGAAUUUAUUUUAUUCUUAGAAUGAGCAAGAAAAGGAAAAAGCCAUCGAGGAGAGUUUACGGGAUUUGAAAGAGAUGUUCUACUGUGAACUUUGUGACAAACAGUAUUUUAAAUACAAGGAAUAUGAUAACCACAUCAACUCUUAUGACCACGCACAUCGGCAGGUACAGAAUAGUCUGGUAAAAAUAUUCUCUUCCCAAUAAGCUUUUGUACAGUGUAAAGUUUGCUCACAUUUUUGUGAGCAUUUAAGUGGAAUUUUCUUGGAAAAUUAAAGAAGUUUUUAAGAGAGAAUGAUCACCUACAUGUAAAGUCAAAAUUACAAAAGCAAAUUCAAAUGGCUCCCUAAUAAAGCCAUUUAGAGGAUUACCUUUUGCUGUACUAAAAACCUUUAACUUUUACAAGUUGUUAUACCACUUGUCAUGAAUGUUUUUGUUAGCAUUAAAUUUAAAUAAUGGCAAAAUAGCCUCUGAGCAUUUCAGUGACUUUAUUGGGGGAAUCUGUACAUUAUAGUGGCUAAAUGCAGCAUUAAGGUGGAGUAUUUUAGGGGGGGGAGAACUAAAUACAUGAAGUACAGGAAAAUUCUGUGGGAAGAGACAACCUCUUCAUCAUGCUGUCAGUUGAAUGUUUCUGACAAAUUCAGCUUUAUGUCACUUAACUGUACUGAGACUAAUUUUGAAAGGCCUUUUUUCAAUACAUUUAUUUUGAUUUGAUCCACAUAAUGACUUAGCUGCUUUUAGAACUACUAAUAAAGUGCAUUUUCCAUGGCAAGAUAAAUCCUUCUGUUUAUAUGAAGUUUAUACAUUUUGCAGAGACUCAGGGAAUUGAGGCAAAGAGAGUCAACUAGAAAUAUAUGUAAGUUUUUUUGUACUUACCGGUUAUAUAGAAUUAAACUUUUAUAUUUGUAUAACGAGAUUAAUGUAACCAUGAAAAAGUGUGAAAUAUUACUGUAAUGCAGUUUUUUACUUUUACCGUUACCCCAGAACAAGAGCAGUUAUGGUAUUCUGGUCAUGCACAUGCACAUGCAAAUGCACAUGCUAAAUGCACAUGCUAAAGGGCCGGCAUGCCCAAUCAAUGAAACUCGAUAAUCGAUAAAAUCAAUAGUAAUUUAAAUCGAUGAAAAUGGAAGGUCAAAAAAGUUUCAGCCGUUUUCAUUGUUUAUUUGUUUAUUUGGGGUGGGGUGCGAGUGCACCCUUCCCACACCCCUCCCUACAGGCCUGUACUCCUGCCCCGCUAGUGGCAAUGUAAUGAGCUUGUAAUCAAGUUUGUUAUGAUUUGCUAGUUGUUUGAUUGUUAUCCAAUUUGGUGGCCAUUUUGUGCUGGUGGACGGCCGAUUUUGAGCAAGUCCCCGACACACUCCUUUAUGACUGGUGUAGUUAUAAUAAUAAUAAAAUUGUGCAUUCAGGAACCCAAAAAGGUUGACCUUGUCCUUUAUAAACAGAUUAGUUCUAUAUACAGGUAGACUUUAAGGGUUCCCAUUAAGUGCUGGCAGGCUAAAAACCUGGGCCGGGUUGUUCGAAGAUGGGUUAAGAUAACCCAGGGUUAGUGCGAAAGUUGAACUCAGAUAUGAGAGCUUAAAAAACAAAUUCAGUUUAAUUCUCUUUGCCUACAAUUUGAUGAUUGGAUACUCUAAAAAAAUAUAGAAAAUUAUCUGAGAGAAGCCUGGGUUAAAAUUUAACCUUGAGUUAGCGCUAACAGGCGUUCAAACAACUGGGCCCUGGCUACUUGGAGAUUUGAGCUGUCUACUUUUUGGUGAAAUAGGGUAAAGUGAGAAAGCCUGAAAUUGACCAUGAAAUUCAAUUGGCAAGCUGCCUACUUUCACAUUCUUGCUGUCUAUGUUAAAACAUAUCGAGAACUCUGAACUUUACAGAAAAUAUAAGGCAAAUUUUGCUAAAUUAUCCGGUGACCGCAAUGUACAGGAUGACCGCUAUAUACAGGGCUGUUAUGUACAGGUUUGACUCUAACCACAUUGUAGCUUAUGCCAGGAAUGAUGAGGUUUUGUAAUGUACCAUGUUAUUUCAGUGUAUUUUUUACUUCCAUGUUAACUUUAUUGUAGAUGCAAAAAAGAAGAAGGAACAGAAACAGAUGGAAAAAGAGAUGCAAAGGCUACAUCUUCUUGCUGGAACUGGAUCUUUUUCUAAGUAAGUUAAGCAGGGUGCAAAGAAAAUCAUUUUUACAGCUUGCCAUUUGAGCAAGCUGAAGCUAGCAUUUACUAGCCCAGACGUCAUUUCAACUAGCCCCAAAAACUUUUUGAAGGUAAUACAAGGGUAAGCCUCACUAUAAGUACUAGCAGAAUUGAUUUCACAGUUCUUCUGUUACUUGAAUUCCUCAAAAGACAUCACUUGCCCUUGGGGCUAGUUAAAAACAGAAUUCACUAGCCCGAUAGCAAAAUCCACUAGCCCUGGGCUAUCGGACACUUCUUUCUUUGUACGCUGUUAAGGCUUAUUUCUUAAAAAAGAAAUUGACAGUCUCUGACUGCAUGUGGCUGCUGUUUUAUUACUGUAGAAUAUUAUAGUAAAAAAUCAAAUCUUGAACAAAAGAAAGAGGUAGAUAAAAUAAUAGAAAAAGGCCAAAAGGGAAAGCUAGGGUUUAAUCACCCUUUAAUCUACAUAAAAAUGUAUUUUUACUGUCAACAGAUCCAAUGCAGGAUUCAAUAUAGCAUUUAAAACUUCAUCAAAUACGACAAGUGGCAGUUCUGGAUUCAAGCCAAUCACAGUACAGCAAGGCUUUAAAGCUGUCCCACCCCCACCCCCUGACAAUCUACCUCCUCUGCCCAGUGAGCCAGCCCCACCCCUCCCUAAUGAGCCGGCCCCUCCCCUACCACCACCCCCACCAGGAGAUAAUCAAGGAAAGAAACCAUUCAGUUUCAAGAUGGGUGCAUCUUCUGGCAAUGAAAGUGAAGCAGAAACAUCUGGAACAGCCACGCCCCCAAAACAGGGUUUUUCUUUUAACAUUGGAAAGAAGAAAGGUCCGGGCAUGAUGCAGUUUGGAAUGAAGUCUAAACCUGUUAAAAGCACUGCUUCUGCAUUUGCAGAAUCAAGCAGUGAAGAUGAGGAAGAGGAAGAAGAACAAGAAGACCAGCGAGUUUCAUUCGAGAGUGAGCAGCUGACAUCUACUCCAACACAACAGCAAGACACGCUUGAGAAGGUAAUUGAGUACGCAGAUACUUUGAGGAUCAAGGCAGCUCUGCGUCCAAAAUUGUUAAUCAGAUUCGUUAAGGGGACAGAGCAGGGAGGAAUUCUUCCUGGGACUAUACAGACUGAGCCUACAAAUAAAAAGACUGAAGGUGGAAAUGUUAAGAAAAGAUCAUUCAAGGAGAAGAAAGAGCUAAGACACAGUGUGGAAAGAGGUGAGUCAGGUGAUUCUGAUGCGGAAGAAAGGGGCGAUGUCAAGAAAAGGACUUUUACAGAGGGGAGAGAUGUCAGGCUAAAUUUAGACAGGUAUGAUUCAGCUGAUUAUGAAAGGAAAAGUUAUGGCGAUAACAAGAAGAGGUCGUUUAAAGAGAGAACAGGAAGAAGACGUAGCAUGGAUAGGGAAGAAUCCAGCAGCAGUAGUGGAAGCGAAGCAGAAACCACCAGGAGUGUGGAUAAAAAGCUAAAAUCAUUUGAAGAGAAACAAGAAUCAAAACAGAGAAAGGAAAAAUAUUACUCUGGGAGAAAGGAGCGGGAUUCAGCAGACAGAAGAAAGGAGAGCUAUUACAAGGAAAAAUCAAAAGAUUAUAAAGACAGGAAAGCUAUGGGUGAUAAGGGAGGUGAUAGGUAUAAACAGUCAAAAGGUUACGACAAUAGCAAAGGGUCCAGAAGGAAUGACUCUAGAAAGAGAGAUAAUGAAAAAUAUGAUUAUAAAGAGUCAAAAGAGGAGGGA